AUGCAAACAAGCAAAAACCAUACAGUCUUCUUUCUUUCUUUCUUUCUUUCUUUCUUUCUUUCAUUCGUUCUUUCUUUCUUUCUUUUUGUCUGUCUACGACAUCAAAUGUUGCUGACGCAGCGUGUUUCACUGCUCCUUUCUCAGUUAACCCAGCUGAACAUCCGCGGAAAAUCUCCAAACAUGAAAUUCCUUCUUUUUGUCGCUCUUCUCAUUGCUGCUGCCAUGGCUGAAGAAAGCCAAUUGCGUGAGCGCAGGAGUCUUGGUUAUGGAUACGGCGGCCAUGGAGGUUUCGGCCAUGGAGGUUACGGUGGCUAUGGAUACGGAGGCUUCGGUCACGGAGGCUUUGGACAUGGAGGAUAUGGCCAUGGAGGCUUUGGACAUGGAGGAUAUGGUCAUGGAGGUUUUGGACAUGGCGGCUAUGGCCAUGGAGGUUUUGGACAUGGAGGUUUCGGUCAUGGAGGUUUCGGUCAUGGUGGCUAUGGUCAUGGCGGUUAUGGAGGUUACUACUAA